GUUGAAAGGUUCCCAAACUCAAAGACCUUUCCAAAAUUUUCAUCUCCGAUAAAUCCCCAGUGCCCUCUUUUCCAUCAACGACUUCAACAAAACGAGAAGUGGCUCAACCUGAACCUGGCCUUAUGAAAGUUAAUCAACUGAAAAGAGGGAAUACUAAAUACGAAAAAGACUGAUUUAGUUUAAUUGGCUGAUAACUUGUGAAUAAAAAUGUCUCUAAUCAGCAGAUACAUUGUGUCUAAUAAGGGGAGAGUGUUAUCAAUUGUUCAGACACAUGGUGGAAUUAAAAUUGCUAGAUCAAUGUCCAGUGAUCGUGUUAAUGAGGAUGGGAUAACCAAGUCUGUGUUCAUAUCACAAUCCAAAGAUAUAUUUACCAAUCUGGCAUUGGAGGACUGGCUCUAUCGUAAUUAUGACUUCAACAAUCAUCACGUCCUGUUGCUGUGGAGGAAUGAUCCUUGUGUGGUUAUUGGACGACAUCAGAACCCCUGGAUUGAGGCUAACAUUCAGGGUCUUGAGGAGCAAGGAAUUGCCAUGGCUAGACGAAAUAGUGGUGGUGGUACAGUUUAUCAUGACUCUGGAAAUCUUAAUUUGUCAUUUUUUACACCGAAGGAGAGGUACAACAGGAGGUACAACCUGGAGAUUAUAACGAGGUCGUUGUAUAGGGAAUGGGGUGUCAAAUGUGAUAUCAAUAAGAGGGAAGAUAUCGUUGUCAAUGGAAAUUCAAAAGUGUCGGGGACCGCUGCAAAACUGGGACGACCUAAUGCUUAUCAUCAUUGCACUCUAUUGGUCAAUGUUAAUAAACGAAAUCUCAGUAUGGCGCUUGAAAAAAAAGAGGCCGGGAUCACGACGAAUGCGACGGAAUCUACGAGAUCUCCAGUGAAGAAUUUGAAUGAAAUCAAUGGUAGAGUUAAUACUGAUGCAUUAAUUUCGGCUGUUGGGUGGGAAUAUCUUCGCACAAAGGCAAUGAGUCUCGAGGAUGGAGGAGAUUCACUUGUACAGAGGCAGAAAGGAUUUCAAAUGAUAAAUCCCACUGAACAGUGGUUUCCAGGUUUGGAUAAACUCAAAGAAGAAUUUCAAUCCUGGCAAUGGAACUAUGGCAGAUCCCCAAAAUUCACUGUAACGAGAUAUCUGAAGAUCCCAGCGGAUUCGACAGAUUCAACGAGAACCGGACAAUUUCACCAGCUGAAAUUAACUAUGGAAGUAAAAAAUGGAAUAGUUGAGGACAUAAAACUGAGUUUACCUCCGAAUGUUGUUUCCAAUGCUGCUAAUCAGGAUGCCAGUGUGAUAACUCAUCUUCGAGGGGCAAAAUACGACCACGAGAUCACCGAGAAAAUCAUCUCCGCUCUCGGUUGUACCAGUGUUUCCCUCGAUGGCACUCAGUGUAAUAUCAAUAACAUGGCAGCCACUCAAUGACAAAAUCACCCAGAAAAUUCCCACUAAGAUUAAUAACAGUUGUUUGCACUUCACAAUACGCUUGUGUUAUUUUUAUGUAUAUAUCUCUAUCCUGUCUUCUAACUGUUGCUGUAAAAUACAUGAAAGUAUUUUUUAAAUCGCG